UUCCAGAAAGAAGAGGUGAGACGCAAGCACAUUAGGCUACACAUGGAAGGGGCCCUAACUGCCCGGGACAAAGUUGGGGUUCAGGACUUUGUGCUUUUGGACUCGUACACCAGUGAAUCCGCUUUUUUGGAUAAUCUCCGCAAGCGCUUCCGAGAGAACCUCAUAUACACAUACAUCGGGACCCUCCUUGUCUCGGUGAAUCCCUACCAGGAGCUGGGUAUCUACACAAUGAAACAGAUGGAGCUUUACCAAGGGGUGAAUUUCUUUGAGCUGCCACCACAUGUCUAUGCCAUAGCGGAUAAUGCAUACCGGAUGAUGUGCUCUGAACUCAACAAUCACUUCAUCCUGAUCUCUGGGGAGAGCGGUGCUGGCAAAACGGAGGCGUCCAAGAAGAUUCUCCAGUACCUGGCAGUGACUUGCCCAAUGACUCAAUCACUACAGAUAGCCCGAGAUCGAUUAUUGCUCUCCAAUCCAGUCCUGGAGGCUUUUGGAAAUGCAAAAACUCUCCGAAAUGAUAACUCCAGCAGAUUUGGCAAGUACAUGGAUAUCCAGUUUGAUUUUAAGGGAAUUCCAGUAGGCGGUCAUAUCAUCAGUUACUUGAUAGAAAAAUCUCGAGUCGUUUUUCAAAACCAUGGAGAACGGAAUUUUCAUAUUUUCUACCAGCUGCUGGAAGGAGGUGAAGAUGACCUAUUAUCCUACCUGGGACUUGUGCGAAGCCCCCAGGCAUAUCUGUACCUUACACAGGGUCGAUGUGCCAAAGUGACUUCUAUUAAUGACAAGAAUGACUGGAAAACUGUAGUCAAAGCUUUCUCCAUCAUUGAUUUUAAUGAGACUGACUUGGAGAACCUUUUUGGCAUUGUCGCCAGCGUCCUACACCUGGGGAACAUUCAUUUUGUAGAAGAUGAAGCUGGAUGCAUCACUAUUCCUGACCAGAGCCAGAUCAGAUGGAUAGCAAAGCUGUUAGGCAUCCACUUGUCGGCUCUUGAGGAAGCUCUGACAUAUAGAAAGAUUGAAGCCAAAUCAGAAGAGGUCUUAUGCCCAUUGAAUAUAGAUCUGUCAGUCUACUCCAGAGACGCAAUGGCUAAAGCUAUUUAUGGACGGACCUUCACCUGGCUUGUCAACAAGAUCAAUGGCUCCCUUGCCAACAAGGACUUCACUCGAAAGACCGUGAUUGGGUUGCUUGACAUCUAUGGAUUUGAAGUCUUUGAUAAGAAUGGUUUUGAACAGUUCUGUAUCAAUUACUGCAAUGAGAAACUUCAGCAGCUGCUGAUAGAGAUGACCCUGAAAGCAGAGCAAAUCGAGUACGAGCUGGAAGGCAUCGAGUGGGAGCCCAUACAGUACUUCAAUAACAAGAUUAUAUGUGACUUGGUAGAAGAGAAACACAAAGGAAUUAUUUCCAUUCUGGAUGAAGAAUGCCUCCGGCCUGGUACUCCUACAGACCUGAGUUUCUUGGAAAAAUUGGAAGAGAAAGUAGGGAAACACGCUCACUUUCAGACCCACAAGCUUGCAGGUCCAAAGGCUAGAAAACAGAUCAGUUGGAUGGAAUUCCGGCUUCUUCACUAUGCAGGGGAGGUCACCUACUGUGCACGGGGAUUCUUAGAAAAAAACAACGAUCUCCUCUACAGACAUCUCAAAAAGGUGCUGUGUGGGUCUAAAAAUGGCAUUAUUAAAGAGUGCUUUCUUGUGGAAGAAUUAGAAAACAGGAAAAGGCCUAUAACGGUUGGAACUCAGUUCAAGAACAGUGUAGCCAACCUAAUUGACAUCCUGAUGUCCAAGGAACCUUCUUACAUUCGCUGCAUCAAACCCAAUGAGGGAAAAGAACCGAGUAAAUUUGACGACAUCCUCAUAAGACAUCAGAUCAAGUACUUGGGCCUGAUGGAGCACUUGCGAGUUAGAAGAGCUGGCUUCGCCUACAGGCGGAAAUACGAGCACUUCUUGCAAAGGUACAAAUCCUUGUGCCCUGACACUUGGCCCCAUUGGCGUGGCUCUCCGUCAGAGGGGGUGAAGAAGCUCGUCAAAUAUAUUGGCUACAAACCUGAUGAGUACAAGUUAGGGAGGAGCCUCCAGCACUCACUGGCAAGGUUCUUCGAGUUUUGUUGCUACUCAUAA